UGGGAGAUCUGCAAUUUCCUGCUUUCGAAACCAAUGGUUUAUUUAUUCACUGCUGCUACCUUUUCGCGGAGCACGCAUUCGCGUUCACUUAUAAACCAAAUAUAAUGGCAUUGUGUUAUUCUAUUAGCUACUAGUAGCAAUUAACGUAAUGUACGUUAAAACCGUGUUGCUCUCCUAUCCUUUGUUUUGAAAUAAGUGGGCGUGUGUUUCAGCUUCCCCUGAAAUACAAUCGGGAAGUUGUCCCGCGCCAUUUCCAUAGCUUCUACGCCAUCUCGAAGAUCGUGCUUCGAGUUACAAGAUUACGUUAUCAACAUCGGUGUACUCUUCUUCAAUUUAUCAAAACCCCACUGCAUCGAGGUUUUCGGGCCGACUUCAGUUCCACAAUCUACGUACUAAAUAACGUCGUCGUUAGCUGUUGAUUGUUGUAGUAGUGAGGUGAACUAACGUCGUUGGCUAGCUGGUUAAAGUUAGCCUACUUACCACUUUCGAAAAAAUUAAACUAGCUAGUUUCGUUGAUGUGUCCUACCCUCUCCACUUUGAAGUCAUGUUGGGCGAAUCACUAAUAAAUAUUGAACCAAAUCUGGACAACGUUGAAAACAAUAAGCCAUCCAUUUUGACUUCCUACCACGUCGGGGCAAGCCUAGGCAAAACAAGGCAAGCACUGUUGAAGAAAGGUGGGAGAAAAUUGCGUUCAACAACGUCAGGGUUACAGCGGACACACCAACAACCGCGCCAAAAAACGCUGAGAAACAAUCCCACACGGCUUGCAGACAUCAACAACAAUGUCGCAGCUUGUAAAGCCCCAAGUGCCGAACUCGCAACCCACCGGACCCAGGCGACUCUGCUGACCUGUCACCAUCUAAAGCAGGGGACAAAGAAAGAGCUGCUGAAGUCAAAAAAUGGGAGAGUGGAGAGGGCCACAACACCAGGUGACCAGUCUGUCCACAACCUCGAUAGACUCGAUCAAGCUGCCCAAAAUCUCAACACCCGGAGCCAAAGGAGCAGGCACGUUAAUGCACCUUGCAAUGCUCCCUCAGUACAGAAAUAUGACAACAGCUGCCACACAAAGCCCAAUUCUGCUCCCUUUCAGCUCCUCCGUAGAGAGAAGAAUCCCUUCAACUCAGUUAACAAUGUCAAGAUUGUGACUGUAUCCCCAGCUGAGCUUGUACCUGAGGAUGAGCUGAAAGACGGAGAGAAGAUCUAUGCUGGAGCUAAAUUCAGCGAGCCCCCGUCUCCAAGUGUCCUGCCCAAACCACCGAGUCAUUGGGUCGGCGAGACCGCCCCCCAACAUUCCGACCACAGCCGAGAGCAAAUUACGUUUCAUUUGAAGUCUCUGCUGAAGGUUCAAGAUAAACCAUGAUCUCAAUGGAUGGAAAAUCUUAUCAAAAAGAUCCGUCUAUACCUGAUCAAUGACAAAUUUGGCACCGAAGAAUUUGGACUCUGAAAGAACUGGAACAAUAACUUAACAGCAACAGAAUGUAAUGAGUUUUUGAUCUGUAAUACAAUUUCACAUGUUCUGAGCAAGCGGCCUUGUUUUUGGGGGGAUUUUUUAUGAACUUGUGUAAAUGUAUAUACUGUAAACAUGUAAUAUAAGUGUAUAUUUUUCAUGUUAUUUUAACAGAAAGUAUAGUUUUGUUACUGAAGCCUAAAAAAGAUGUUCACCUUGAGCUGGUGCACUUACUGUUCCAAUAAUGGGCUGCAGUGCCCAUUGGGACGUAUUAAACGUAAGAAAGAUUAUCUUACAGAUUUGCACAAGACUGACUGAACCAACACGAGUCACCACAAUGGCAAGCAAGAAUAGUUGUGUGAAGGUUUGGGGUUCUGUGAACUUCAGCCCACCAGUUGUGACUGCUAUUGCCUUGAAUGCACUGCAGGGAGGACCCACAAUCUUCAGGGAACUCUCUGGAAGGACGGUCUUGAAGACGGUAACCUCGUCCCCAGGCUCAACGACAGAGGGAGCCAGCUGGGUGAACGACAUCGAGAAGAUGGAGUGACAAAUGUGAGUCUCAAAAUCAAAAAUUCCCCCUCUGAUGACGAGGACAACUGCCGCUGCAGGAAACAGACAAAUUCAGCACGAGCACUGACUGAGUGCCCUUUGUUUUGAAUCUCUCCAGCACUGACACAUUUCUCUUUUUGUUUUUCCUUUUCCUUUCAUUGGCCCCCUGAUCACCAGUGUUGUUCCAUCUAAAGCGCUGAGAAUGUUUACCGGAAGAAAGAUGAAUGACAUGGUCUUUUAUUAUUAUGUAACACACAUUUGACCCCUUCCCCCUAGAGCUAGGCAGCUGCUAGUUCUUGUUCCUUCACUCCGUGUCACACAAAAAUGAAAUUGUAUUACUGUACCAAAGAUUGAAUUUUGUUUUUUGCAAAUGUUCAAAAUGUUAAGUCCAGUGACUAAAUUUGUAUACAUCUUAAAGCAAUACUCUCACUUUGCAAUUAGAAUUUUUUAAAUUUUAUGAUGCAUUUCAUAUCUAAAUUGAAAUUAAAAUAUUGGCUACCCCUUA